ACCAACAACGACAACAACAACAGCAAGUUGAACAAGGUGGUGGUUGUGGUGGUGGUGGUGGUGUUCUCGUCUCUUCUUAUUCUUGUGUUUUGUUAGAGGCUGAGGCUCAACCCCCCUCCCUACCGGUAAUUCCGUUGUUUUCUUUUCCUUUUUCCUUGUUACACAUCAAGUCAGAAUCAGAAUCAUAUUCAGUUUUGUUUUACCUUCUGUUACAUCAAAGACCAUCAUCAUUACUUAGAAAGCCCAUUGGUUUUGGUUUUUGAAAAGUUAACUGUAUUGGUACCCUUUGGCAUUUUUUUUUUUAUUGUGGGCGGGUGUGUAAUGGUUUUGUCUAUAUAAGUCGGAAGGUGGUUGAAUUUUGAGGACAAAGAACAACAAUAAUUAUACAAGAUGACGAAGAUGAUGAAGGGUAGGGUGUCCAGAAUUGGAAGCUAUGCAAUUGCUUCUUCCAUUAAAGAUGGCCAUCAUCAACAGCCUUGCAUUACCUGCACCACAUUCAACAUACUCGCUCCAAUUUACAAGCGCCUAAGCCAUGAGGACCCAGAUUGUAGGGAAAGCGAUCACAGAGCUUAUUGGCUGGCCAGGAAUCACAUGAUUUUGGAUUGCUUGUUGGCUGAGAGAUCUUCCAUUAUUUGUCUUCAGGAAUUCUGGGUUGGGAAUGAAGAGCUAGUGAACAUUUAUGAGAAGAGACUUGGUGAUGCUGGUUAUAUCAAUUUUAAGCUAGGGAGGACCAACAACCGCGGCGAUGGUUUGCUGACCGCGGUGCAUAAGGACUUCUUUAGAGUUCUAAAUUAUCAAGAGUUGCACUUCCAUGAUUGUGGAGAUCGUGUUGCUCAGUUGUUACAUGUUGAAUUAGCUUGCCCAAUUUCACAGUUUCAAAACAAUGAUAUUCGGCAGGAAAUGCUUAUUGUGAAUACCCAUUUGUUAUUUCCUCAUGAUUCAAGCUUGUGUAUAGUACGAUUGCAUCAGGUGUACAAAAUCCUACAAUAUGUGGAAUCUUAUCAGAAAGAGAAAAAACUUAACCCCAUGCCUAUCAUUCUCUGUGGUGACUGGAAUGGAAGCAAACGUGGACAUGUUUACAAGUUUCUUAGGUCCCAGGGGUUUGUAUCUUCUUAUGAUACUGCUCAUCAUUACACCGAUGCAGAUGCACAAAAGUGGGUUAGCCACCGAAACCAUCGGGGAAACAUAUGUGGGGUUGACUUUAUAUGGCUUCUCAACCCAAAUAGUUACCGGAAACUGCUAAAAACAAGUUGGAGUGAAGCAGUAUUUGGCAUGUUCAAGUAUCUACUACGAAGAGCUUCACUGACAGAAAGUGAUGCCUUUGCCUUCCUGAAGGCUGACAACCCUGGUGAUUACAUUACCUAUUCUGGCUUCUGUGAAGCCCUCCGACAGCUUAGUUUGACUGGUCAUUGCCAUGGACUUAGCCUUGAAGAGACCAAGGACUUGUGGGUUCAAGCAGACAUAGAUGGCAAUGGUAUUCUUGAUUACAAAGGGUUUCAGCAGCGAAUUUGGAAUCCAACAGAUGGUGGUAAUGACAUCUGGGAUGUUGGCUCCAAUGGUAUUCAGGAUCAAGCAAUUGGUUUCAGUAUAAAAAAUGCAGUUCUUUUCCCUCCUGAAGCGGAGAAAGGAACGUGGCCGGAAGACUACUCUCUUUCUGAUCAUGCACGACUCACUGUGGUUUUCUCACCGGUAAGAAUGCCAUGCUCUCAGAUGAUCACUUGAGUCCUGACCAAAAAUUGGAGCAGAACUUUGGCAGCAAGACUAGUACAUAAACGAUCUCAUUGAUUGGAAUCAACCUUACAGCCAGAUCGUUGAAAUGGAGCAAAACCUGCUGAAUAGAGAGAAAGGAAAAAUAAGUCUGAUCAACGUGCAUGUUGAUGUGGAGCCUUUCUUCCUGUGCCAUUUUCAGAACCUCCAUCUUUCAUACACCAGUGUUGACUACAUCAGUGCCAACAAACACAUUAGCACAGGCCCUCCGAUCUGCAGCUGCUAAAUUGAACUGGCAACCACAUUACGGGAAAUUCCAUUUUGCCUUCCGUUGAGCCCCUUAAUUUGAGAAAAGGAAGCAAAGAACAACAGAAAGAUAAGAGUUGUGUAGCUGUACAUAUAUGUAUAGUUUAUAUAUAGAGUUGUAGCUGUGCAUAUAUGUAGGCUUCUCAUUCUUGUAGUAUGAUGAUAUCUAACAUAUUAGGAUCCCCUUUUGUACUUCGACUGCACUCAGCUUCAGUGUUAACACAAUCACAUUGUAAACGAUUUUGCUCUCUGCAACAGAGAUUGACAUAUAUACUAUAAGAGCAACAAGAGUUCACAUUA